CAAGGCUUUGUGAGUAUGAGGCGGUAGUCCCGCCACUAUAUCUCCAGCGUGGGCCUAUAGUGGCUGUUUCUGUGGUUGGUGACUUUCAAUGAGAUGCAUUAACUGAGUGCAUUGUAGCACACGUGCGGGGACAGAUUGACGUUUAAUUCUUGACGCGCAUCGAGGAUUAUUGCGUCAUUGAUUAGACUUAUAGUUAUUUAUAGAAAAAAAAAAACACCCAUGCUUGGGACUACGAUCAGUGAGUGUGCACCUUUCCGUCUGGUCCCACUUCUGUCGCGGGCUCGUGAAGAGGAGAGGUGUAGUCUGAUGGCAGACCGGUCGGAACUGCAUGGAGGUGCACGACUACCACAGACGGACUAGUGCACCGUUUACCCCUUUAAGCUCUCCGUGAUGGCUCAUCACUUUGACAAAUGAGAGGAGCCGUUUCAUACUCAGACGCCACCGAUAUCAAACAUCUACUACUCCAUGGACCUAGAGAAGUCAAACGCUACCUCCUCCUCUUCAUCCUCCUCCUCUUCCUCCCAUGACACUUACCCCUUACGGGAUGCGAUUUAUCAGGACGUGACAGAGAUCCGCUGUCCAUGGUACCGGUGUUCAUCUGUCCUUCGAGGUGAUUGACUCGAGAGGGAAAUCUCUCUCUCCCCCAUCCCUCUCUCCCCCAUCCCUCUCUCUCUCUUCUCGACCUUGUUCUCUCGUCUCUACCACCACAGCAGUUUGUCCUUUCGAGAAACGAGGAAAAACACAACAAGGGGAAAGUGAUGCUUCGCUACACGUGAAUCUCAGUCGGUAUCACUUUGCGGUUCACCUUGGGAAACGCGUGGAAGAGCUCUCUGUGCAGUGCAGGCGGACGCAGGACAUGCAGCAGAAGCAGGGAACCCUGGAGCCCGCCGGGCCCCUAGACUCUGGGCCCCACCCUUUCCGCCCGUCAGAUGAACGUCACAAAACCGUGUGCCAGGACCCGCCACGGGGCCCCGGGCCCUCAGGGGCCCUCAAGGGGCGGUCGACCUAUGGGACGCGUCAACACCCAGAACCGCCCCCCGACCCCGGGCCCGCCUGGACGCCGGCGCCGCUCGCGAGCAUCAGCCGGCCGAGACCCACCACCCUGGGGGCCAAGGUGAAGCCGUGCCGGGGGCCCGAAGUCCGCUCCCGGGAGAAGGACCCCUGCAACCCCCUCUGCAUCACGGUGCCCCAGGGGGCCAGAUGCCUCUCCUCAUCCCCCACCAGCGAGCCCUCACGGACUCAACACAGCCCCCACAGCCCCCGUAGCCCCCAAACCUGUGCCUCCAACCACCAGCCAAGCCCCCCCACCCUGCCUCCCCCCAGAUCAGGGCCGGGGCCGGGGCCCCAACCCGACAACAAGACCCCUGGAGGAUCAACCCCGGCAGGAGAGACCAAUGACUUCAGGGUGUAUAUAGUCACAUGGAACGUGGGUUCAGCCGUCCCUCCAGUCGACAUCACCUCUCUCUUCGGCCGGGAUGUGGUGGAUGGAACUAUAGACAUGUUCAUCAUCGGGUUACAGGAAGUGAACUCCAUGAUUAACAAGCGGCUUAAAGAUGCUCUCUUCACCGACCAGUGGAGCGAGCUCUUCAUGGAAACUCUGGGUCCCUUUGGCUACGUGUUGGUGGCGUCCCAGCGCAUGCAAGGGGUUCUACUGCUGGCCUUCUCCAAGUUCUCACACCUGCCGUUCCUACGAGAUGUGCAGACAGAGAAAACACGCACGGGACUGGGUGGCUGCUGGGGUAAUAAAGGCGGUGUCAGCACCAGGAUGACCAUGUUUGGUCACCCCGUCUGUUUCCUCAACUGCCACCUGCCAGCUCACAUGAGGAAUCUGGACCAGCGCAUGGAGGACUUUGAGAGCAUUCUGCAGCAGCAGCAGUUUGAGGGCGGCACCGCCACCGGCGUGCUGGACCACGAUGUGGUGUUCUGGUUUGGGGACCUGAACUUCCGUAUCGAGGACUAUGACAUCCAUGUGGUGAAGUGUGCCGUCGACAGCCAUAAACUGCCUCUGCUGUGGGAGAGGGACCAGCUUAACAUGGCUAAAAACACAGCACUAAUCUUGGACGGCUUCACGGAGGGCCCGCUCAACUUUCCCCCUACGUACAAGUUUGAUGUGGGCACUCACACGUAUGACACAAGUGCCAAGAAGCGGAAACCUGCCUGGACCGACCGGAUUCUGUGGCGCCUCCGCCGCACCGGCUCCUCGGUCCCCAACCACAGCGCCGCUCUGCGUCGCGGCCUGACCUCAUGGCUCGGCGGCACCACCAAGGUGACGCAGCACGAGUACCGCAGCCACAUGGACUACACCGUCAGCGACCAUAAGCCAGUGUCCGCCAUCUUUUCCCUUCACUUCCCCUUCAAGGUGGACAUCCCACUGGUACAACUGCAGGUGGAGAAGGAAUGGUGCAGCGUAUCGGACGCUACUGUCCGGUUCAGCGUAGCGUCUAGCUACCAGCGCAGCUCAUGGGAUUGGGUGGCGCUUUACAAGGUUGGAUUCAGACAUCAUAAGGAUUAUGUAGCCUUCAUCUGGGCCAAGGGAGAGCAUGUUGCACAGGUCACCUUUCCGGAAGAAGACAUUCCGAGAGAAGAUGGAGAAUACAUUUUGGGUUACUACAGUAACAACAUGAACACCAUCGUAGGAAUGGCAGGGCCAAUCCAGCUCCGAGUCCCCGUGCACAGUCCCACCUCGGGUGGGGCCGAGAGCUCAGACGUCAGCUCCGAGGACGACAGCACCCUGGUCCUGCUGAGUGUUUCCUCUCGCAGCCCCAGCCCUAAAAACGGAGGCAAACACCACCACCAGCGCCGCAGCAGCCGGCGUAGCCGCAGCCCCGCCGUCCCCUCCAACCCGCUGCCCUCCCUCCAGGGCCUGAGCCUCUCUCCGAGGCCCAAAGACCCCCUGAGCGGCAGCCGCUCGCCGGGCUCCGCCGGCAAGAAGGAGCGGCUGGUCUCCCCGGACACGCUGCCCUCGCCCUCCCUCAGCCCCCUCAGCCCCCGGAGCCCCAUCAGCCCCAGGAGCCCUGGCGGCACGGUGACCGUGCCCGAGGCCUUGGUGGCGGCCAUCCUGGGGGAGCACCGGCCUGGUCCGGCCUCCAGCCCUCUGGGGGGGGGCGCCAAGCGGACAGGGAAACACACACACGGUGAUGUGGGUGUGUAGUGUGAGUGGCGGUGUGUGUUUUAUUCGGGGCUUUGGAUACUCUUUCAGUACACAGCAGUUAGGGCAAUGAGCGGUGGACUGUUCAGAGGCUGGCUUGAGCCACACUGUAGCUGUGCUGCAGACUCAAGUUGAGGCACAGAUAGGAGCUAUAUUUUAGUAUGCAACAUUGUAGCCUUGUAGCAUAAUACUCAUCCCUGUCUCGUCAUCUGGGCUCCAUUUCAUACUUUAUGUACUUUGGAGUCUGUAUGUAUGUAUGUAUGUAUGUAUGUAUGUAUGUAUGUAUGUAUGUAUGUAUGUAUGUAUGUAUGUAUGUAUUUAUGUGUGUAUGUAUUAGUGUA